AGAAAGGGUUAAGUUGUGUGGAGACGACAAGAAAACUACAACAGAGGUACACUACAAUCUAGAUCUAUAGAUCUUGCCUAUUUUGGUUUGAGGACAUUGGCUACACUGUGACUUAUCACUCGUGUUUAUUUUCAAGACCAGGACCCAUAUUUUAAGAUACGUUGGAUAUUUGCCUCCAGUAGAAUGUGCGAAAAUGGCAGUUGGACAGUCUAAAAUAAAAUAUUACAAAAAUAAUCAUGAGCUUUGAGACGUAUCUGAGACAUCCACACAAGUAAAUCACACCAGCCCGCAAAGAAAUACCCGCAAUAAGGAAGAUGACGAAAGUAAAGACGAUCCUGAAGGAAUUCUGCUCGGCAAAAGACAUCCUGGCCAUCAACAGACUGGGUCUCCUUAGCAAAGAUGAGGAGAGAGAGUCACAACCCGUGCCCUGGAGACACCGACUGCACAGAAAAGAGAGACGAGAGCUGGUCCGCUCCGAGAUGCGCAUGUCUCUCCGUCCGUCCGGCCGGCUGAGCACACGGGACAAGGCCAAGGCCGUGAGCGAGGCGCGUGCACCUCAGCACUCACGCAUGGGCGAGCACCUCAUCCACAUCAACAGUAAAGGUGGCACCACACGGGGCGGGGAGAUGAGCCGACUCAGCCAGUAAAAUCCAGAGCCACAGUGAUUAAGAAGCGUGGCAUCGACCCAGACGUGAUCAGCAUGCCCAGCUACAUGCGGCCCCUCAAAUGUCACUCCCGCACGCCGUCCACCCUCACCACCAUUGAAGCUUUCACAGUGGAGACCCGCCGCAAGAAAAACAUGUGGGAGGAGGCGAUGGAGGACAAGGAAGACCUUAAGUUCAAGUGUACAGCUCGCCCAUCGGCCCGUCUCACGCCACAUGAGAUACAGCAGCUCAAGGUGGGCUACACACUGCACAAACCAACCCAAGAAUCGAUUGCAGAAUCGAAGUUGGCGUCCGAGAAAACGACCCGACAGAAAUCUGCCCGACGUCCCAAGUCGUCUCCGGGGGACGCCAGAUCGACAUCUCCCGUCUUUAUCACUGAACUUCGUCCUAAAUCUCCGACACCAGAAGAGAAAAGUGCCUUUUCAGCCAUCUCGAAAUCGGUGUCGUUUUUAGACAAACACAGUGAAAACGAGAAACCAAAAUCUCAGUCAUUCCCGUUCGCGAGUUCCUUCCGCUAUCGAGAUAAUAUGAAACCACAAAGUGCUGGUGCUGCUACUGGUAGCAGAGGGAAGAAAAGUGCUGCAGCAAAGUCCUCCUCGAUGUACGGUAGGGAGGGCAGUGUUUCUGCUGAUGCAGGGGCGAGGGGGAGACAGGGGAGUAAAUCUAGCACUCUCACUCGCAGCACUUACAGAGGGGACAGCUCUGGUAAAAAAUCUCUGAAAUACGAAACUGGCAUCACGGACAGGAGUUUCAAAAGAAAAGAUGGGAAAAAGAAAGACUUUCUCGCUGUCAUUCUUGAUGAUGAGUGACAGAGUUGUGUGAUCAGUUUUCUGAAACGUUCGAGAAAUGAACUACAUUAUGUACAUCCAUUAUUCAUGUAUUAUUAAAUAAGGUUUGAAAAUAAAGCGCCAUAUAUCUUGAA